ACUCAUAAUCAUCGCACUCUCCUUCAUCUGACUGGCAGAGCAAGGCAACGUUAAACUACGCCGCCGGCCUGAGCGGUGGCAGCCGGCCACGGUGCCGGCGAAGACAACUAUGGGUCAGGGCCAGAGCUGCAUCAGAUACAGCCCCGAAUUCAAUUUCUUGAGAGCCGUACAGUUUGCAGAUCUGGAAGCCGUAGAGUUUUCUCUGACCAUAGACCCAGCCAUUCUCAACAGAACCACUUUCUAUGAUCGAUGCUCCGCUUCCCACAUCGCGGCUUCGAAUGGACACUUAGAGUUGCUUUCCUUGAUUCUGGGUCGAUCUGUGAACCCAGAUCUGCUAAACAGGCAUAAGCAGACUCCUUUGAUGUUGGCUGCAAUACACGGAAAAAUUGAAUGCGUACAGAAGUUAAUCGAAGCCGGAGCAAAUAUUUUGAAGUUUGAUUCGGUGCAUGGAAGAACUUGCUUGCAUUAUGCAGCCUACUACGGCAAUUCUGAUUGCUUGCAAACCAUUCUAUCUGCUGCCCAGUCUACAACCGUAGCUGAUUCAUGGGGUUUUGCUCGUUUCGUCAAUGUUAGCGAUGGGAGCGGCGCAACUCCUUUGCACCUAGCAGCAAGGCAAGGGCAUCGAUCAUGUGUUCGUAUACUAUUGAACAAUGGAGCUCUUGUAUGUGCUUUGACAGCCAGAUAUGGUUGCCCAGGGAGUAGCCCCCUUCAUUUGGCUGCUCGUGGAGGAUCUAUGGAUUGUGUUCGUGAAUUACUGUCCUGGGGUGCUGAUCGUCUUCAAAAAGAUGCAUCAGGGAGGAUACCGUACUUUGUUGCCUUGAAGAGAAGGCAUGGAGCUUGUGCUGCUCUGCUGAAUCCAGGAUCAGCAGAGCCACUGGUUUGGCCUUCUCCGUUGAAGUUUAUUAGUGAACUAAACGCUGAUGCAAAGGCUUUGCUUGAGGAAGCUCUCGUGGACGCAAACCGAGCAAGGGAGAAGAAUAUCCUCAAAGGCACGGCAUAUUCCUUUGCUUCUCCUGUCCAUCCUGAGGCUGAAAGAAAUGAAGACUACGAUGAUGAUGACGAUGAAUGCGCAUCUGAGGUCAAUGAGUAUGAGCUUUGCUGCAUAUGCUUUGAUCAAGCCUGCACCAUUGAAGUUCAGGAGUGUGGGCACCAAAUGUGCGCUCACUGCACUUUAGCUCUGUGUUGCCAUAACAGGCCCAACCCUACAACCUCUUCCCAAUCUGCACCAGUCUGCCCUUUUUGCCGGAGCAACAUUGUUCGACUGGUCGCCGCCAAGAGCAGCUCAAAUCCAGGAAAAGCCAGGCGCUCUCGAAACUUUACAGAAGGAAGCAGCAGCUUCAAAGGCUUGCCUACUACUGCUUUGACAACUAUAGGAAAAUUGGGAUCUCGUGGCUCUGAAAGAAUAGCUAUUAGCGGUGAUUUGCUUGAUAAGCCUUGAAAUAUAUGAAGAGGACGAGAGUUUUAAAUAAUGAGUCGUUAAGGGAAUUAAGCUACUUUGUAUCAUAAAUUUGGUUUGAAUGAGUAAUUCAUUUCGUCAUUCGAGUUGGUAUGAAAAAGCCUGUAAGAGUCUUUGGAUGUCAUGUGACUCUGUAUGAUUGAGCAAAGGUUAUCUUAUAAGACAUUUGCGUGGCUUUGGUAAUGUACUGGCUCUGACUCUGAUUUUUUUUUUU